AUGCACGAAACGUCGGGUAUGAAGCUGAGCAUCGUUAAAGCAGCGAACAAGGUUAUCGAGCGUACGAACCUAGCCAAAGGACCUGGCAAGCCUCUCGCCUCUGGAACAAGUAAAGAAAAAGAGAAAGAAAAGUCAUCUUCGUCCUCGAGCCAAGUGUGGGCGUCUCUGGCACGGUAUGAUGACACGCUCGUCGAUCUCCUCGAGGAGUGGGAGACGUACACGCGGGAUUCAGAGGGUCAUACGGUGCUGGUGAGGAAGGAAAAAUCCAUAUAUACUCUCCGACCGCUGUCCGACAAGCGCUGGGAGGGCCUUAAACACGACCUGCAAAAGAACGCCAGCAACGCCGAGCAGAUGCUCGAUGCGAUCAACACUAACGCCGAAGCAGUGGGUUUAUCGCGCUCAGAGACGAACUCGAUGUACGACAUCACGACGGCCGGCCUGAAGGCCAGUCUCGACCAGGGAGUCAUCCUCGACGCAGGCAGGGAGAUACGCGUCAAGCUCUACAUGGGCCAGGUAUUCAUGGGCUGGCUCUGGUUCAUCCCGACCUUCCACAUGCCCCAACCACCGCCGACAGCUUCUACGACACCGGCACCAGACUCGCUCAAAUCAACUCUCCGCCUCACGCGUAAGGAGCUUGACUUUCCACUCGGCCUCGGGAGCAGCAUCAUCGACGUCGAGACGGAGAUGGAGUGGGUCGUUCCAGCGCCUGGACAUGCGGGAGUUGAGGCGGUCGAGCCCCCGCUUCGCGCACGUACGGAGGAUUCGAAGAUCGGGACGGACGCAGAGCCUGUGCAGACUGGUAUUGCGGCGCUCGCGCAGGCGAUGGUGAGCGACCAAGAAGUCGAAGACGAGGGUACGAGCUCAGCGGGCAUGGCGGGCAGUGAGUCGGGAAGUUUGAGAAAGGUCGGAAUUCGGGAGACGGUGGAAGCGAAACAGGGCGCAAAGGAAUAA